UCACUCUGCAUCCCGGAGCCAGACGAGGCGCAGCCAUUUUACUCCGCAAAAUAAACUUCAGCCUCGCAGCCAGACGGAAGGAAAAAAACCCAGUGUUCAGUCCGUUGAUGGAUAUCCCCUGAUCAACAGCUUGGAUGGAGUCUGGUUUGGAGCCGUCAGAGUUCGGUAGCAAGGAGGCAUAACGCAAAGGGACUGUGACCCAGAUCCCUCUCACUUUCUGAUCCCAGCCCCCCUCCUGAGAAAGGAUGGAGCCCUGGAGUUCUCAGGGGCAGCUCGGAGCAGAGGGGGACUGCGAGAUGUCCAAUCUGCUGGUGCCGAGCCCCCAGAGUGAGGCGGUGACCCACGAGUUGGAGGAACUGUCCCUGCAGCCCACACAGAGCCUGCCUCCUCUCAAUGAACGCAAAAAUGUGCUGCAGUUGAGGCUUCAACAGAGGCGGACUCGGGAGCAGCUGGUGGACCAGGGCAUCAUGCCUCCUCUGAAGAGUCCAGCAGCUUUCCAUGGGCAGAUUCGCAGCCUGGAGAGAGCUAGGACUGAGAAUUUCCUCAAGCACAAGAUCCGCAGUCGUCCAGAGCGAGCGGAGCUGGUCAGGAUGCACAUCCUGCAAGAGACCGGAGCAGAGCCCUCACUGCAGGCCACUCAGAUGAAACUGAAGAGGGCUCGCCUGGCUGACAACCUGAACGAAAAGAUCGCCCAGCGGCCCGGUCCCAUGGAGCUGGUGGAGAAAAACAUCUUACCAGUGGAUUCCAGCCUCAAAGAGGCCAUCAUAGUUGGCCAAGUGAACUACCCAAAGGUUUUGGAUGAAGACAGCUGCUAUGAUGCCGUGUCUCCAGAGCAGCCGGCUAGCCAGGAGUCUCAGAGCUCCGCCCCCUCACCAGGGGAGAGUAAAAUCCCAGAAACCCCAUCACCUGGCCCAGCACCAGCAGUUCUAACUACUACCACCAUGCUGCAGCCUCUCCCAACAGCAGACUUCCCAAAGCCAGCCUCAGCCAUCGAGCAGCCUGUUAGCUGUCCAGCGAUCCACAGCGGCCCGUCCACAACUCCAGCUGCCCCUUCUAAACCAGGACCCACUCUGGUGAAACAAAGCCAACAGAAAACUCUUUCAGAGAAAACUCGCAGCAAGAAGGGCAAAGAGCAAAAGUCGAGGGUGAAAAAGCUGAAGUACCACCAGUACGUCCCCCCAGACCAGAAGCAGGAGGCCAGCGAGGCUCCCAUGGACUCUUCAUAUGCUCGCCUGCUGCAGCAGCAGCAGCUCUUCCUCCAGCUGCAGAUCCUGAGCCAGCAGCAGCAGCACUACAACUACCAGACGAUACUCCCUGCUCCUCUGAAACCUGUGGCGGAGGGGCAGAGCAGCAACGUUGGUUCCUUACCCACCUCCAUCGUAGUCUCUUUGCCCGCCGCUCCUCCACCUCCUCCUGCACCUCCUGCUCCGCCUCGACUUAACAACCUGCUGUCCAACCGCAAGCCUGGAGUCCUGCCAGCCAACCUUGAUGAAAUGAAGGUAGCUGAGCUCAAACUGGAGCUGAAGCUGCGAGGCCUCCCGGUGUCUGGAACCAAAACGGAUCUGAUAGAAAGACUGAAGCCGUUCCAGGAAAAUGCCAACACCUCUGCCCCUCCCACCAUUCCCGCCGCCACGUCCUCCGCCUCCAUCCCUAUGGAGGUCACUACAACCACAACGCCCACCAUCAUCCUUCCAGUCCAGCAGGUGGCCCCAGAGAUGAUGUCCUCCACUCCACCUAACUCGCCCAUUCCCUUUGAUCAGUCCUCCCUCCAGCUGGAUGUAGGAAUGUCUGAAGCUUCGUCUGAAAACCAGAAGGGAAGCUCUGGUUCCCCUCAGCAACCUUUUCAGGUUCCUGAGGAGAAGGACCGGCGGCUCCAUGAGAAGGAGCGGCAGAUAGAAGAGCUGAUGAGGAAGCUAGAGCAGGAGCAGAGGCUGGUGGAGGAGCUGAAGAUGCAGCUGGAGGUGGAGAAGAGAGGUCUGAUGGACCCUGUGUCUGUGUCCCCCUCGCUCACGUCUGUGAGUUCUGCUCCUGCAGCCCUGAGCUCAAAUAUUGUAAAAAUGGAGGGCCCGGUUCUGUCCAACUGUGCUUCCACCACAGUCACCACUCCAAACUCCAUCCAGGCUCUCAUCAGCCCGCGACCUCAGCUGGUGAAGCUGGAGGACGUCACGGUGUCGUCAGGCAAACCUCCGCAGCUCCAGACCCAACAGCAGCGCAUCACUCAGAUCCAGCACCAAGGAACCACAAGCCCCCAGACCCAGAAAGGACCUCAGAACCAGUCCCAGCCUGCGGCCCCCAGCCUCCAGCAGUUCUUCAUCACCCACCCUGCUGGGAUGUCCCAGGUGCUGGGUCAGCCUCAGGCGCUCCUGACCCCAGCCGGCCAGCCCGGUACUCAGAUCUUCGUCCCAGUCUCGCUGCCCAACAACGCCACUACAAUCCAGCUGCCCAGCAGCACCGUCAGCCUGCAGCCCGUGUUGAAGGCGUCCGCCUCCUGUCCAGGUCUGAUCCAGUCUCCACUUCCUCAGCUUCAGAACACGACCACGCAGAUAUCGACCAACCAGCAGCCUCUGCUGCAGACUCUGACCACUUCUUUGGGGAACCAGAGCAGAAAUGAGAUGAAUCCUCAGCGUUUCCUUCAGCGUUCUCCAGACAACAGAGUGUCUCCACAGACAUCCCCCAACCACCAGGUCUCCAACGGACCCCUCAGCAAGCCGGCCUUCAUCCUCCAGGCCCCCUCCAUGGGGAAUCAGCUUCCAAAAACCAGAGAGCCCCCCCGCUACGAGGAGGCCGUCAAACAGAGCCGCAGUCUGCACAUCAACAACGCUUCACAGGUUCCCACGGCGACAAGCCAGCACAUGGAUGACUUGUUCGACAUACUGGUAGAGAGCGGAGAGAUCCCUCCUUUUAUCCAUCAGGACCCUCCCGGCUCGCUGAAUAAGACCCACCCCGUCACAGCCAGCAUCACUACCCUUCCUGUGAACACAGCCCUGUCCCGCUCGCCGCCACAGAUCCAGCUGGCUCCUCCUGCUGCCCUCGGCUCCGUCGGCAGCCCCAGCUUCUCCCCACUGGCCUCAGACAACCAGCUGGAAGCCUUCCUGGAGCGGACUCUGGCUGAGACGCCAUCUGCGUCGGACCCUCGCACUCGGGGCCUGAUGGAGGAGCUGCAGAGCCACCUGGCCGACCAGCAGCUCUUCAUUCCUAUGGACACGUCAGAUCUGUCGUUCCACGAUUCCUCCCCUUCCCCGUCUUCCCUAAACCUGGCCAUGUUCGACCCGAACCUGGAUAACAUGGAGUGGCUCGACAUCACUAUUCCUCAGAGCCCUGCUGGCCCACCCAUGCCGACCGGGUUCCCGACAGAGUUCCUGGAACCACAGGACAUGCAGCUGAACUUUGACUGACGCAAAAAGAGAGUCUGAAAGGAAAGCGGUUCGGUUAGGAGGAGGGAACUCGGCAUUUUGCUCUUCCUUUGCCAAAUCCCUCUCUUCUGGAAUCGGCAACGUUCUGACCCAGGCAGAGCGGCGAGCGUUCAGUGUUCGCACAGCUCUUCUGAGCAAUGGCUGCACAAAAAAAAAAUGUAAAAGUCGAGGAGACGAAGCCAAAUAUAGAAAAUCAGAAUGGAUAUUUUUGUAAAUUAAAACACACUAUCGGAACCUUUUCAGAACCGUCGCAGAUGGUCCUUUCUCUGCGCUUCGUUUCACUGAGACGAGCUGCACCUCAACAGAAAAAAAACAGCUUCUUUUACAGACCAGCUGAAGGCAUAUCAAUAUGGUGGACUUUUCACAACAUGCUCUUAUUCCAGGAUGAAGAACAGAUCAGAGCGAAGUCUCCUCGUUUUCUCACUACAUUUUAAGGCUCUGAAACACGCUGGUCCUGUCAAAUGGACCAAUCAGACUCGCUCGUCUCCUUCAGGCAAAGUUGCGACUAAACCGUAGAUGGCUGGUCGGGAUCAGAGCUAUGCACUAAAGAGAACAAAGAAAUGUAAACACUGCAUAUCCGAGGCGACGCCUGAUGACCAACGUCGCCGGUUGUCCGUCUCUCUAUAACUGAAUGUAAUUUUAAAGAUAUCAAGUCAAACUUUCGAAAAGACGGCAGCUUUUUUUCCCCUCUUUAUGAAACAGAAGAAAGGGAACAAAGAUCAUUUUGAGACACUGAAGCUCUUCUAGGUUGGUCUGCUAGCAGCAGGUAAUAUCGUGGAUGCUAACUUCUUUGAGCUGUUCACAUCUAGCUGUCACUGCUCUAAGUUUAAAGUUACUGUCACUCUAGAUAGAGCUAUUAGGAAAAGACCAAGAGCUCUGAGUCACAGCUACGGUGGCCUGUAGGCUAAACUCUGUUUAUUGAAAUAUUUGUACUUGCAUUACAACCACCAACUUCAAUCAGCUUUAAUGGGGUUAAUAUGACUAAACAUGAGGUAACAUGGGUGUGGAUGGAAAUUUGAAACUUUUAAAGAGAUUCUCAAGAGAUUCUCUGGGAUUCCAUCGAUUUCUCCAGCGCUUCUUAAUGUUUGGUAAGAUGAUUGUUAUCAGACCAGAUUUCAGGUUUAAUUAAAACUUUUACAGACUUAGGCUUUGGAUUUAAACUAACCAUGAGCUUUACCACCCCACAGCAUGAUGAUGCUACCACUGUGUUUCAGCAUAGGGGUGGUUUGUUUAGCAAUAUAUACACUUAAUCGAGUUAAAGUUAACAACUAGCAGUGCGUUUGGACCUUCUGUAGUAAAGUGGUUCUCUUUUCUUUCAGAAAUCUGGUUGUUGGGCUCUGGCAGUUUGCAGUACCAUACCUAUCUUGUCAGCACAUUAGGUGUUAAAAAUAUUUUCCAGCUUAUAUAUCCCUCUCCUAAUGCCACCAAUUAAGUUGAAGGAACAUAAAGUCUAAAUUGUCUGAGUCGGUUCUGGUUAAAUAAUUUUUUCCCCCAUGUAGGAUAUUAAUAUAAAUAAUUCACAGUCUCUUCUAUGUUGGUCUGUCACAGGAAGUGAAACAAAAGAGCAUUGAAGUUGGUGGUUGCAGUGGGUAUGAAUAUUUCUGCAUGGCUCCGUGUUUCUGUCUGUAGCGUGUCUGUUUGCACAUGUAUGUAUGAGGGAAGUCAGCAUGUUGCCAUGUUGGCCCUAAUGUGUAUCUUUCCUUCUGUCCUCUGCAUGUCCAUGAAGGUGGUCACAGUUUAGCCGUCAAGACGGUUAAGAUAAAAAUGUCUGCUUUUUAAACCACUUUGUGCUGCAGUUAUGUCCAUGGCCACUGGAGGGCGACUACCUUACGUCUUCAUGUGAAGCAGUGAGCCCUGCUCCUCUAGUUCAGACUGUUUCUUCCUCUUCAUCACUUUGCUGUGGUUAUCUUCCUCACUGAAUGAGCAGCUGUUAAACUUUCACUUUAUUCAUUUUCCUGAUUGGCCGUUUUUAAGCUUUUAAGUCCGGCCUACUUGAUGUACCCUGACUGUUAAAUAUAUCGAGUGAGGACUUCCUGUGUAUAUUUCUGCUUUUUUUUUUUAUACUUUACAUCCAACAUGCAGAAAGCUGUGAAACUGCAGUGAAACUACGUGGGACUCUGAUGACUGACAGCUGCUCUCCCUGUGAAAUACUGAACCGUCUGUCUGAUCCUUCACCCUUUGUCUGCGACAGACGUGGUUUAAAAGCACUUCAUAUCUGGGUGGCUCAGUGGGGACGGGGGUUUAUUGAUGUUUGAACGCCAUUAAGCCAGACUUCAGCGCUGCAUCUACUGCUUAUUGCAUGCCCCCCCCUCCCUCCACUGUCCGUCUGUACCACCCAUGCCAUGCCUCUUGUUGGAAUGCCAUAUGUUUUGCACAUCUUGUACAUAUUUAUAUAGAUGUAAUGCAUAUUUUUCUACAUGUACCAUCCAUGGGCUUUUUAUUUUGUAAAUACUCUAGAGAUGUGUAUAUAUGAGUACAGUAUGCUUUUAUGUGUCAAUAAAAC